UAUUGAAGAGCCAAGGAUAUUUUUGUUAGAAAUGAAUAUUUUACAUAUGCUUGGUAUUAAAUGUCUCCAGCAAAUCGAAUAUAAUUCCACAGUCCGUAAUUCAUCAGAACUCUUCGUUAAAAAGCUCUGCUCAUUCAAAUUAACUGAAAAAAACAUUUUGUUCAUUAGUAUGUUGAUGGCCGUGUUGCUCCACGUCUUAGUCCUGGAGAAGGUGGAGGCAGCUCCUUGUCCAUCAGUGUGCCGCUGCUCGGUGGACCAUCAUGGUCGCAGUACAGUUACGUGCCUCCAGGGCAACAUGCGGGAUGUUAUUCCAGUCUUCGACAUGGCCCAUGACACAAAGGUUCUUAUAAUCACAGCACCACCGUUCAGAGAGAAUUACCUCAGUCUUGGACCCAUAUUUCAAGGGCUUAGAAGUUUAGAAGAAAUUCAAAUCUCUUGGUCUGGUAUCCCUAACCUGGGAGAACACAGUUUCUGGGGUUUGCAUAAUCUAGAAGUUUUGAACCUGACCUGGAACCAUCUGACGAGCUUGAGAGACACCAACUUUAAAGGUGCAAAGUCACUUAAAAGUUUAGACUUGAGUCACAACAGAAUCGAGUCGGUGCCUUCAGCCGCCUUCAGACACGUGCGCCAACUGCGAUAUCUGAGCCUGGCCGACAACAAAGUUCCUGAGUUGGUACCGAGGAUAUUUUUUGGACUCACUCAGCUUGAAUUUUUAGACUUGUCUCAUAAUCCAUUGGGAAAGUUUGAUCCUGAUAUUUUCACCGACAUUUCCCUGCUAAGGACUUUGAAAUGCGCUGAAUGUCACCUUACGACCAUAAGUAGAAGUUUGUUGUCGAUGAUAAGCGACCUCCGGGUGUUGGAUUUGAGCGGUAACAAGAUCACCCAAGUUCCUGAUCUCAACAACGCUGUGCCAUAUCUCGUCUCCCUGCAGCUGGAUAAUAAUUUAAUAUCCUUCGUUUAUAAAUUCACCCUCGUAAAUUCCAGACUCACGCAUCUACACCUCGCACAUAACAGGAUAGUAAGAGUAGAACCAAAUGCGUUCCAAAAUGCCAGUCUUUCGCACCUCGAUUUGAUGUACAACAGACUUACGUUUUUAAACCCAAAUGGAAUACAAGCAACUUUAAAUGAACUGAAAGUUUUGAAGCUCUCAGGAAACCCGUUGAAUUUAGCCGAACUAAACAAAACUUUGUUCCAAUCUAAAAAGCUUCACGAACUGGGUCUCGGUGACGUGGGUCUCUCCAUCCUCCCUUCUGACCUGCUUCUGCACAAUUCUAACUUGCGUCAUUUGAAUUUAUCAGCUAACUACCUUACAAGUCUUCCAAUGGAGCUCUUUAUCACGUGCCCAAACUUGCAAGUGCUCGACCUGAGUUCCAACAGCUACAAAGGCCUCAGCAGUGAAAUUCUGGAAGGGCUUUCUGAAGCGGAGCAUUUGCGAGUGCUGCGUCUGCAAGGCAAUCCUUGGAUAUGCGAUCAGUGUCAUGUUUCCCCUCUUGUUCGCUGGCUUCAUGGAGCUCCAGACCAGGAGUCGGGGUGCCUCGAGCCCAAAGUUUGGACCUGUUUGAAGUGUUUAGGCCCUCCUCGGUUUGCAGGCUUGGAAUUAGCUCUACUUCCUCCGGGGGAUCUUCCGCCCUGCGAAAAUUUCCAUACUUUUCCACCGCCAACCUUUAGGUUUCAGCCCACAGAAAGAAUCAACAAUUUUUCUUUGGUCGUUCAAGCAGAGUUUCCAAGAGGUGAGCUCACCAGACAAAACACAGCAAAUAUAGACCAUGCUGAUCCCAACCUCAUAGACCUCGAAACUCCAUGGACCAUCACCGAUCUCAUCCAAGACAGAUUCUACACCAUCAUCAUCGCCUCGUGCGUAUUCUUCGUGUGUCUCUUAUUUUUGGUGAUGAUCGCUGCUUUCGCGUAUCAUAGACAAACCGCUUUUUACUACACAAACGAGCACGAAAUGUCGACGACAGCGACCAGGGAAACUUCUUUAGAACAACAGCCUAAACUUGUCAAGAAUAACAAUAACAAGAGUCAUAAAAAGCUGCAAAAGAAAGCCUCCAUCGCCACAAUCGAAGAAGUUCGCUGCAUCUCAGGGUCGACUGAGCUCGCGGAUGGAAUUGUGCCUCCAGCAGAAGACGGUGAUAUCAAUGAUGGCAAGUUGGACGGCUCAGAGAAGGAAAUUACGGUCUCGCAGUCCACCAGAGACACUUACCAGACCGUCGUGGAUGAGCUCGGCAGAACAAGGCUGUGUAAAAGUAACAGCAAACCUCACAUUCCAAUACUGGACGCUGAGCCUAGGCCAGGGAAGGGAUGAAAAUUAUUUCUUUCUGUUAGGCCUUAGUUAAAAUGUUUAAAAUAUUACGAGGCGAUGAUAUGUCUCGA